AUGGGUUUUGGUCUUAAGUGGUUGUUCUACAUGGAAGCGACGUUUUUUUCUAGUUCGUUAUCGAUUUUGGUGAAUGGUAGUUCUGCGGGUGAUUUUAUGGCAUCUAGAGGGAUUAGACAAGGUGAUAUGUUAUCUCCAUUUUUAUUCUUGCUAGUGGCGGAAGGGUUGGCGAGGUUAAUGAGGAAUACGUGUGAGUGUGGGAGUUUUAGAGGUUUUCAUUUCAAAGAUCUUAUUCACUUUGAAAUGUUACAAUUUGCGGAUGAUACGGUGCUUAUUUGUGACGGUUCAUGGUCAAAUUUAUGGUGCAUUAAAGCAAUUCUUCGAUGUUUUAAGUUUGCAUCUGGUUUAUGUAUUAAUUUGUGCAAGAGUAGUAUAUUUGGUUUGAAUUUGAAAGACGCCUUUCUUGAUGCUGCUUCGGGUGUUUUGACUCUUGAAAUCAGAAAAGUGUUGUUUCUUUUUCUCGAUAUUCCGUUGGGAACUAAUCAUAGACGCAAAGAUACUUGGUAUUUAGUGAUUUCCAAAUUGAGGAGUAGGAUCUCUUCAUGGAAUGGGAAGAACCUUUAUUUGGGUGGCAAGGGAUGUGGUUGGAGUAUGCAAUCUUUGGGUGGGAGAGGAGGCUUAGUUUCUCAAGAGCGUUUCUUAUAA